AUGUCUGUGAUUCUCUGCACAGCGGGUUACGACCACACAAUCAGGUUCUGGGAGGCUCUUUCUGGCAUCUGCUCUCGUACAAUCCAGCACCCAGACUCUCAAGUCAACCGCCUCUGCAUCUCUCCCGACAAGCGCUUCCUCGCGGCUGCUGGCCACCACACGGUUAAGCUUUACGACAUCAAGUCAACGAACCCGAACCCGUUGCUGACCUUCGAGGGCCACACGGGUAAUAUCACCGGCGUCGCCUUCCAUUGUGAAGGCAAGUGGAUGGUCACCUCUUCCGAAGACGGCACUGUCAAGAUCUGGGAGACGCGCAGCGGUCAGGUCCAGCGUAGUUACAAUCACGGCUGUCCCGCCAACGAUGUCGUUAUUCACCCUAACCAGGGCGAGAUCAUCAGCUGCGACCGUCAGGGUAGCGUCCGUGUGUGGGACCUGGCCGAGAACAAUUGCUCCCACCAGUUAAUCCCCGAAGAGGACGUCUCCGUCUCAAGUGUCACCGUUGCCAGUGAUGGUUCUCUUCUAUGUGCAGCCAAUAACGGCGGCAACGUAUUUGUUUGGCAACUGCUCCAGACCUAUGACCGAACGCAGCUUCUUCCAGUGACGCAUUUCAAUGCGCAUAAGGAGUAUAUUACUCGUAUUCUUCUGUCUCCCGAUGUGAAGAAGCUUGCGACCUGUAGCGCCGACCAUACCGCCCGCAUCUGGGAAGUCAAAGACCUCGAACCCGCCCCCAACGAGGAGCCCAAACCGUUCCCCCUCGAGGCCACUCUUACGGGUCACCAGCGCUGGGUAUGGGACUGCGCUUUUAGCGCUGAUUCGGCGUAUCUGGUGACAGCAUGCUCCGAUCACUACGCGCGGCUCUGGGAGCUACACAGUCAGCAGAUCAUCCGGCAGUAUAACGGACACCAUAGAGGUGCCGUCUGCGUCGCCCUCAAUGACUAUUCAGAGUCGGCUAGAUGA